AUGAUGCAAAUUGUUACUGCUCAUAAAUGUGGAGCUGAUGUGAGUUGUAUUCAAGAAGGUCUUGUACCUACCAAAUAUUUUGAAAAAACUACUCAUAUGGUCAAAUCUGCUUCUGGACAUGCUUUAGAUAUAAAGUAUAAAUUGCCUAAUACGCGUAUUUGCCAAAAUAAACUACAGCUUCCAUUGAAGAAGACUCUAAAAGGGUCAGAAAAUUACGGUAUAUGGAGAAGAUCGAUGACAAUAACAUUACAGGCGAAAAGGAAAUUAGGUUUUAUAUCAGGUGCUUGCAAGAAGGAUUCAGUACGUGAUGAGCAUCACGAACACUGGGAGACCUACAAUGCGUUGGUUCUUUCAUGGAUUAUGAAUACAGUCGCACCUUCACUUCUUAGUGGAUUUGUAUAUGCCUCGAAUGUUUUUUUAGUCUGGGCAGACUUGAAAGAGAGGUUUGAUAAGGUCAAUCGAAUGAGGAUCUAUCAGUUGCAUAUUGAGAUCAAUUCAAUUAAUCAGGGAACAAGUACUGUGGCUGAAUAUUUCACGAGGUUGAAGGAAUUAUGGUCUGAGUUUGAUGCAGUGGUUCAUUCCCCUGAUUGUGGUUGUGUUAAAGCUUAUACUUUGAUCAUUGAGGAUGAAUGCCAGAAAGGAUCUAUCCUGAACACUGCACCUCACUCAAAUGCUGGAGGUAAUGAUAUCACUACUUUAUGGAGUGCACGAGGGCUACCACAAAAUCAUAAGAAACCACAUAAUGAGUAUUGGAAUGAGAAGUGUGAUUUUUGCAAAAUUAAGGGUCAUAUCAAGGCAAAUUGUUAUAGGCUUAUUGGAUAUCCACCAAAUUACAAAGACAGGAAGAAAGAGGGUAUUGCAGCAAAUAGUUCUUCCUUAGGUGAUGAUUCAUCUCAUAGUAAGGACAAUUAUGAUCAGUAUUCCGGGGUUCCUUACCAACAAACUUGGAGUCCAUAUGGUUCUAAUGGGAUUAGAAUGCAUUAG